AUGGAGGAGCGGGUGAAGAUGUUCAUGGAGGUGACCAACUCGUUGGACGAGGAGGAGGCAGAGUCCAUUUUGAAGACCUGUGAGGGAAAUCUGGAGGAAGCGAUAUCGACGUACCUGAAGCAGGUUGACUUUCAGGCCCUGGACGAGGAGGACCCCCCAGGAAACGGAUCCGUGAGAAACCGCGGGAAGAGCCGCUGCCCAACCGGAGUAGCGACGAACCAACGGACAGCAAGAAAUGAAGUGUAUCAACGGAACGAAGAAAAAAUCGAGCGAGCCAAUUUGUUUAACGUAUUAAAUCAACUGGGAUCAUUAAUAUGCCCCAUUGUAAAAAGUGUGUACAGCCUUUUGUCGGCUUGCUUAAAGUUAGUGAGCACGUACAUCGUGAGCUCUCCUGAAAGAGAUACGUUUGCAGCCUACUACGAGGAGAGGUUCGGCAAGAGACAUAUUAAUUUUUUUAAAGGAAGUCUAAGUGAAGCCAUUAAGGUUUCAGAGCGGGAGGAGAAAUUACUUCUCGUAUAUUUACACAUUGAAAAUAAUGACAGUUGUUACUUUUGUGAAUCCAUUUUUAACAAUGAGGAGAUUAAAUCCUUUGUGGACAAUUCUUGUGUUUUCUUUGCACAAGACAUUACUAAGGGGGACAUAAGGGAGUUGAGCAACGUCUUGAAUGUUUUUAUGCUGCCUCAGAUUAGCAUCAUUCAGACUAGUCAUGUGAAGGAGUAUGAGGAGCUGUGUAUCAUUUAUGGUACCCCAACAGCUACCCACAUUUUGCACACGGUAGCGAAUUGCAUUGAACAAAUGAAUUCAAAGAAGGCAAAGCAGGAUAAAAUAAAAAAAAAAACAUACAGCGAUCGACUGAUUCGAGAGGAACAGGACAGGGAGUAUUUGGAGGCUCUUAAGAAGGAUCAAGAGAAGGUUCAGGAAAAGAAGAAAAAGGAAGAGGAAAAAAUGAAAAGGUUACAUUUAAAAACAAAUAUUAAAAACAAGAGAAGGGAAAUGGCAAAUAAAUUUCCUUUACCAAUUAAAGCAAAUGAUAAGGUGACUAAAAUCUGCAUUAGGUUACCUAACGGAAUGAAAAUACAGGAUAAGUUCAGUUUGAAUCACACGCUAGAGGAUGUGUAUCAGUGGGCCGAGUGUUCAGAGUUCUUGGGGCAGAACUCCGCGAGUGGUAAGGGAGAGAUUAGUGUUCCCUUAAAGUUUGAUUUGAUUUGUGGCCACACCAAGACCGUGCUGCAGCGCACGCGUAACGCGCUUAAAGAGUUCGACCUCUACCCCAACGCAGUGCUCAACAUGAAAUCACUGGACUCGUCCGAUGAGGAGUGA